AGCAGUUCACUUCGAGAGCUCUCCGAAAAGUUUUCCAAAUCUUGUAAACAAACAUUCGAAUCUCAAGUGUGACAAGUGAAGGAAAACCAAGCAACGUUUUGUAGAAUGAUUAUCGGCAAGUUCGCUCUUAGCAAUUCGACACUCCAAUGUGGAGGACAAAACACCGUAAUGGAUCAAUCGGUUUAUCCGUUUUCACCUGAAAGCGUCGCAUCUAACGGGUCACCGAGGAACUGGACCGGCCAAAAUUAUAACGCAAACGCCUAUCCUCAAGAUCAACUCUAUACCGGCUGGCAAAACUCUGAAGCAAUGGGGACGCAGUCCAAUCAAGUUCAGCGACGGUCCUUCCUACCAAACAUCGUUACGAAAGCAGUCAAAGCCCGCCUCUCUGAGCAGUCCAAUAUCCAGCAUGCAGCAUCUUCCAACGGUCAUGUUAAAAACUCAAAUGGGAGCAAGCAACCGACCGGCAAGCGUACAAGGACGGCGUACUCGAGUGUCCAAUUGGCUACGUUGGAGACAGAAUUUCAUACGAGGCAAUACUUGAAUCGUACCACGCGAAUCGGACUGGCAACGUCGCUGGAACUAUCCGAGAGGCAGAUCAAGAUAUGGUUCCAAAAUCGUCGUAUGAAGUUCAAGAAAGAGCAGCCUCGCGAAUCGGCAAACAAUAAAAAAUUGACGAAGUCGUCGGCGAAAAACAGCGUCGCGUCUCGUCAACCCCGGAGCUCCGUUAAGAAUUCACCCGUUCCGGAGUCUCCGAAACAUUGGUCGAAUCUUAACGACAACAAUCCUCGUGCCAAUCCUGCCAAUUCGUUGGCGGGUUUGACCAUUCCGCCCAGUGAUUGUCUGGCUAACGGAAUGACAUCGUUGCCGACCACAAUGACGAUAGUGCCGACAUCAACAACGGACUCAUUCAGCUAUGACCAAUCGGUCCAAGCUCCCGGAUCCGUUAAUUCCGACAACACUUGUUAUCAUUACGGUUGCGAGGGAGAUUUUCAAAAUUCUCCAGAAACUCAAGAGCCCUGGACUCCGAACGGAAACAUCGGAAGCCUGUUCAAUCCGCAACAGCACCAGAACUUCGAAACACAAUCGAACUGGUACACGACCGCUCAAUGGCAAAACAAGGACGCACCCUGCUUUCCCACUAAUCAACACAUCGCCUGGAACGCCCCGCAAUAUCAAUAUUCGGGCAACUUUCAACGAAACGAGAUCGCCCCCUGCAAUUAUUCCAAUCUCAAUUAUAAUCCACAUCCCAACCAAAGUAUUCAAUACCCCCUGCCAGAAAAUUAUGUUUUACCGGUCUUGACCGAUCUCUCCAUGUGGCUCCCACCAACUGACGACCACAUGGAGAAUCAAGAUGUUAAUUGUAGCUUUACGAAUUUGUAAACAAAUUUGGGACUUGUAAAAUAUUAAAAUAGAAUAGUCAUUGUUAAAAUAGUUAGUCACAUAAGAAAUAUUUUAUAUGCACCAAUUGACGACCACAUGGAGAAUCAAAAUGUUAAUUGUAGCUUUACGAAUUUGUAAACAAAUUUGGGACUUGUAAAAUAUUAAAAUAGAAUAGUCAUUGUUAAAAUAGUU